GAGGAGCCGAGCCACCCGCAGCCUUAGGAUCGCGGGCGGAGGCCGGCGCAUGUGGGCUCUUCGCUCGCUGCUGCUGCUGCGGUCCGCGGCCGGGCGCGCCAUGUCGCAGGGACCCGCCCGCCGCCAGCGGCCGCCCAAGGACCCGCUGCGGCACCUGCGCACGCGGGAGAAGCGCGGCGCGGCCUGGGAGCCCGGGGGCCCGAACACCGUGUACCUGCAGGUGGUGGCGGCCGGCGGCCGGGACGUGGGCGCGGCGCUCUAUGUCUUCUCCGAGUACAACCGGUAUCUCUUCAACUGUGGAGAAGGCGUCCAGCGACUCAUGCAGGAGCACAAGUUGAAGGUGGCUCGUUUGGAUAACAUAUUCCUGACUCGAAUGCACUGGUGUAAUGUUGGGGGGCUGUGUGGAAUGAUUCUUACCUUGAAGGAAACCGGGCUCCCGAAGUGUGUGCUUUCUGGACCUCCACAGCUGGAAAAAUACCUGGAAGCUAUCAAAGUAUUUUCUGGUCCGCUGAAAGGAAUAGACCUGGCUGUGCGGCCCCACUCUGCGCCCGAAUACAAGGAUGAGACCAUGACGGUGUUCCAGGUCCCCAUCUACAGUGAGCAGAGGCUGGGGGAGCACCAGUCAUCCCCGAGUCCAGAAAGACUCAGUCCAGGGCGGUCUUCGGAUUCUGGAUCCACUGAAAACGAGCAGCACCUUGCGGACGGUGUUGGCCAGAAGAGGCGUGGCAGGGACCCGUCCCUGGUUGUGGCCUUUGUCUGUAAGCUGCACGUGAAGAAAGGAAACUUCCUGGUGCUCAAAGCCAAGGAGCUGGGCCUCCCGGUCGGGACGGCCGCCAUCGCCCCCAUCAUCGCCGCCGUCAAGGACGGGAAGAGCGUCACCUAUGAAGGCAGGGAGAUCUUGCCUGAAGAGAUCUGUACCCCUCCAGAUCCGGGCCUUGCUUUCGUUGUGGUGGAGUGUCCGGACGAAGGCUUCAUCGAGCCCAUCUGUGAGAACGCCACCCUCAAGAGGCACCAAGAGAAUGCCGAGGCCCCCGUGGCACUGGUGGUUCACAUGGCCCCGGAGUGUGUGCUUGCGGACCCCAGGUACCAGCAGUGGAUGGAGAGGUUCGGGCCCGCCGCGCAGCACCUGGUCCUGAAUGAGAGCUGCGCGUCCGUCCACAACCUCCGCAGCCACAAGAUCCAGGCGCAGCUCAACCUCAUCCACCCCGACAUCUUCCCCCCGCUUGCCGCCCCCCGCCGCCAGGUGGAGCCCCUCGCCUCCCGUCUCUUCCAGGUGGAGCCCCUCGCCUCCCGUGUGCCCACCGUCCGGGGCGAGUGUCUCCUCAAGUAUCAGCUCCGUCCUCGGAGGGAGUGGCAGAGGGACGCUGUCGUUAAUUGCAAUCUCGAUGAAUUCGUUGCCGAGGCUCUGGAGCUCCCCAACUUCCGGGAAAGUGUGCAGGAAUACCAGAAGGCUGCGCAGGAUGGCCCGGCCCCCGCAGAGAAAAGCCAGUAUCCAGAAAUCGUCUUUCUUGGCACGGGGUCUGCCAUCCCGAUGAAGAUUCGCAAUGUCAGUGCCACACUUGUCAACAUAAGCCCCGACAGGUCCCUGCUCCUGGACUGCGGCGAAGGCACAUUCGGGCAGCUGUGCCGUCACUACGGAGACGAGGUGGACCGGGUCCUGGGUGCUCUCGCCGCUGUGUUUGUGUCCCACCUGCAUGCAGACCACCACACGGGCUUGCUGAACAUUCUGCUGCAGAGGGAGCGAGCCCUGGUGUCCCUGGGAAGGCCGUGUCCCCCUCUGCUGGUGGUCGCCCCGACCCAGCUCAAGGCCUGGCUCCAGCAGUACCACCGGCAGUGCCAGCGUGUCCUGCAGCACGUGAGCCUGAUUCCUGCCAAAUGCCUCCAGAGAGGGGCCGAGGUGUCCAGCCCUGAGCUCGAAAGGCUGAUCGGUUCGCUGCUGGGAGCGUGUGAUCUGGGAGAGUUCCAGACCUGCCUGGUCCGGCACUGCAAGCACGCCUUCGGCUGCGCGCUGGUCCACACGUCCGGCUGGAAGGUGGUGUACUCGGGGGACACCAUGCCCUGCGAGGCCCUGGUCCAGAUGGGGAAGGACGCCACCCUCCUGAUACAUGAGGCCACGCUGGAGGACGGCCUGGAGGAGGAGGCCGUGGAAAAGACACACAGCACCACGUCGCAGGCGAUCGGCGUGGGCGUGCGCAUGAACGCGGGCUUCACCAUGCUCAACCACUUCAGCCAGCGCUAUGCCAAGGUCCCCCUCUUCAGCCCUGACUUCAACGAGAAAGUGGGGAUCGCCUUUGACCACAUGAAGGUCUGCUUCGGGGACUUCCCCACGGUCCCCAAGCUGACGGCCCCGCUCAAGGCCCUGUUUGCCGGUGACAUCGAGGAGAUGGAGGAGCGCAGGGAGAAGCGGGGGGUGCGGCUGGCGCGGGCGGCCCUCCUCUCCAGCGAACAGGCAGGCGGCCCCCAGGACGGGGCACCGCAGCAGAAGCGGGCCCUGGCGGCGCAGCCCCAGGGCCCUCAGAGCAAGAAGGUCAGGGCCCAGUGAAGGCCCAGAGCCACCCUGGACUCAGAAGGCUGGCAUCCUCCACAUGGUGGCCCCACGUCUGGCCACCCAGGCCUGGUGGACGCCAAGGGCCUGCGGCGCAGGCUGGGGCAACUGCGCACCUCGGCCAGGAGCUGCCGGAUGGAAAAACAGACAAGGGGAAUUCGGGACAGCCCGAUUUUUAAGGAAGUCACGUGGGAAAAGGGCACGCCCACGCCCGCUGCAGCCACGGCCGGCGUUCGCUGCACGGCCAGCCACGCAGUAAGGAUGCCGCGGGGGACCCGAGAGCUUCGCUUCGUCCUGCUGCUCCCUCUGGGCGGGGGCCUCCCCACCCUGCACCCAGUGUGGCCUGGAAGCGGCUCGCUGGCGGCAAGGAGCCCCGGAGCCCGGUGCCCGGAUUUUGACAGGUGUCCAGGCAUGCAGGCUCAGGAAGCCGCAGGUCCUCCCGCUGUUCGGGGGAGACCCCCUCCCUGCCCCCCAGCUAGGGAGUCGGGCGCGAGCGGGGCCGCUCCUGCCCUCCCCGUGGGACCCCACGACGCUGAGGUCUGUGCCCUGUCCCUCCCGGGAGCGCACAGACUUUAAGGCGAGAUGGAGUGUUUCCAGCAAGACCACCGUCAAAACAAGAAGCUAGGCCACGCUCAGGGAUAAUAAAUCUAUUUUAAUAACAUUA